GAACCCAGCCUUAGUUGAAUAGUCGAUGGCUGCGUGUACUAAAGCUGGAUAUCGAUUUGUCAUUUGCAUGAUCGGCUUUGUUUUCACGGGUUGUGAAAGAAACUCGAGUCCGAAAACAGCAUCGCAGAGUCGAGUGCAGUAGUGGGAUAUAGUACUAUCUCGAUCGAUGGAGAUCUUUGUCAGCUGUGCAGCGCAAAAACAAUUCUAUCAGCUCUUGAAACUGCAUCUUGCAGUUUGAAGGUUUCUACUCUCGUGACUCAUGCUACAGCAACUUUGCAAUAAUAUGUCAACAUAGGUUGUGACUGCUCACGUAAACACCUUCAUUAACGAUGAUAACUUAGCUUAAUGUGUAAAGCACAAUGUUUUAGAACGACUAUAAUCUUUUUGCAGCUCCUUUAUUUGUUCUUAUUGUGCAAACAGGCAAAAGCUUAGAGAGCACCCGAGAAGCAGCUGUGCGAUAUCGAUCCGAUCCAUCAUAUCCAUUCUCUUUUCGUUUGCUCUUAGGCGUUAAGUUUACCAAUUUCAAUUCGUCUGAUCUAGUCUGUGAAUUUUCAUCCUAACAUAGUGAAUAUGCCACCGGAUUUAUCUUGGGAUAAUAUACCUUACGAGUUGCUUCUCAAUAUUUAUCGAGAAUUAUCUUAUCGCGACCUUGUAUCCUGUGGUGCUGUAUCAAUCCACUGGAGACAUGUAAUGCGCGACAAAACAUUAUGGAAACAACAUUUAAAAGGAGUUUAUGCUUGGUGGAACUGGGAGCCACUGGUCACCACUACUUAUUAUGACGAAUUUAUGUUUUUCAAGCGCAAUAUUCCAAAAUUCUUGAAAGAGGUUGUAAAUGAUUACGAUUACGAUCUCCGGCAUUGCAUAUUCUCUCCUUGUGGUGCAUUUUUCCUAGUUUGCGGCAAAGGAGCUUAUUUCUGUGUUUAUCGUUCUGAUCCCAUUGAAUUUCUACAUGAGCGUUGCUUGAAGGACUCUCUGAGCUGGCAAGAAAUAACGACAGCUGAAUUUUCACCUGAUGAGUCGAAGGUGAUGCUGACCGGUGUUCGACAGGAUGGAUCUGGAGAGCUGGCUGUAUUUUCUAUAGAAACGUCUGGCGAAGUGCAUUUCAUUUGUCGCUCGCCGUGCUCGCCUCCAGGUGUGGCUUGUUGGUUUGACAACGAUUACCUUAUUUGCGGAGAAAUCUACAACUUUAGAUUCAACUCCGCGAUCGCCUCCUCAAUAUCGCAGUUAUGGUUGAUGUCCGUUCCGAAGGACCGUAAAGGAGCUCUGACAGGAGUUCUGUGUCCACUUCUGAGGUUUCUCAAUCGAGAAGGUAAACUCCGAUUUCCUCUCAUCUCUAACUACGUGUCAUCACGUUUUCGCCGUGUGUUACAAUUGACACAAGAGGCAGAUAUGGAGAAUAAGACACUCGAACAGAAGUUAGCAGAACUUGAACUUUGUGUUAGUACUGCAGACGAUUUGUCAGAAUUACGGCGAGUUCUUGAUGCGCAGCAGCAGUGCUUUGACUGCUAUCUGAAGCACAAUAUCGGCGUAGAACGGUCAGAAAGUGCUGCUAACUGUAUAUGUUUUUGCCACGAAAUGCUCUCGAAAAUGUUGAUAUUUGUCGAUGGCGACAACUCGAAUCGGGUCUGUUUCAAAAUCAUUGACCACAAUUUGUUCUCUGAGGCACUGGCAAUGCAGCGAUUUGCGAAGAUAGAACAGGAAGGGGAAGAGGACGAUGGAUGGAACUUUGUUUUACAUCGAGUUGACACUCCCGACCAUUAUAUCGAGGUGGAUGGAGUUAUCACCAACAUCGCUUUAUCGGUAGAUAAAAAGCAGCUCUUCGUCAGCUACGAAACGAGAGCUUUUGCAUCCUCUACAAAGUAUAGUGUGUACUGCGUUGAUCUGGAGAAAAUGAUUUUGGACAGAUUCCCAUUCUCCGGCGCAUUAUUAUCGAAUGAACAAGGAUUUCUGUGCAGCAAUGAAUUCCUGUUGGCAAGUGCUGUCGGGGAAGAAGUUCACAUAUGGGCGCGGUUACACGGCGGAAGUGAAGUCCAGAGACUGGCUGUUGAUACCAGGAUUGUUGAUCUGUCGCUUCAUCCAACAAACAAUACUCUUAUUACUGCUUCACAGAACUACUUGGCACCGAAGCUUGCUGCAGAUGGUGUUGUGCAGCACUUUUUCGUUUUGCAAAGUGUAUCAGCACUUAUAGUUAUCGGCAGUUGCCUAAAUAAUAUUGAGGCAUAA